AUGAAGAAAUGUGUUUUACUUAAAUAUGCCACUUUGUUUUAUUUUCUUAUUUUUCCAAUCUUGAUUUAUGUGGGAAGUGAAGAAAAUGAUCAAAGCAAAAUAGACAGCCUAAAUGAGAAUAGUCGACUAGCUUUUUUUUUAUUAAUACAAUUACAAGUUCCAUAUUUAUUGGAAAAAUUUACACAAAGUGUAAAAUAUGAAAAAGUCAUUGAUGCUAUCAUUUAUUUAUAUAACGAAGAGCUAGCCAAACCCGAUGUUGUAAAAAAGCAAAACGGCUAUUCUAUUCAAGAUAUAAAAAAUGUCAUCCAAGGGUUGCAGAACAUACAAGCAGAUAUAAAAGAUGGAGAUACUAAAUAUUUCAAUUGGAUGAAUUUAAUUUAUAAAGAGUGUUGGAAUGAAGAAAAUUAUUGCCAUAUGUUAACAUCAAAAAAAUGUUCGUUAGCUGUUUUUAAAACAUUACCUUUAAAUAAACUCCCAAUAACAUGUAUAAGUUGUAUGAUAUAUGCAAUAAAUUAUGGUCUAUACUCUGAAUAUUUAUUUAAAAUAUUUUCUAAUAUUGUAGUUUGUAAUAAGAUAGACAAUUUAAAAUUAUUAAACUUAAGUAAUGACAUUAGUUUAAUAAGAGAAUAUCGAAUUUAUUUAAAUUUUUUAAAUAAGGAUGAACUUUUAAAAAAUAUACAAAGCGAAAUAAUAGUUUUGAAUAUAAAAAACGCUAGUCGUUUAAUUAAUUUAUUAACAAGCAAUAUGGAAGAAAAUAAUAAAAUAAAUGUAACAUUUAGAAAUAUAAUAAAUGAAUCAAUGUCUGAAAUUAUAAAAAAAGGAAUAAAUAGAUAUAUAAAAUAUUUAAAUAAUAAUCAUCUUUAUACAAUAAAUGAAAGUAAUGAUAUAAAUAUAGAAUUAGAAAAAGCAGUUACUGCAACCAUUAAUGGAUAUUUAUAUUUAGACAAAAAAAGCAAUAAAUUAUUGCAUGUUCAGGAUUUUGGGUUGUUUUUUCCAAAAUAUUAUUUUAAAAAAUGCAUAAAUUUAUUAACAAGUCAUAAUUUAUUUAUACAAAUUGAAUUUGGAAUUAACCAUGUUCAUAAUUUUGCUCAAAUAAAAAAUUUAUUUAAUUUUAUUGAAUUAGAAUUAAUGUUAAAUUCGUAUUUCCAUUUAGGAAAUGGUUAUUAUUCCAGCACAUCAAUCAUAUUAAAAAAGUUUAUUUAUAUGAACAACCAAAAUGAUGCAUUUAGUGAAAAAGAUAAUAACAUAUAUAUAUAUAAUGAAUUUAACAAAGAUAAAUAUAACGUGGACAAUUUGCUAUUUUGGGAAGGUGGCAAUAAUGAUGGCAAUAAUGAUGGCAAUAAUGAUGGCGAUAAUAGUGGCGAUAAAAGUGGCGAUAAAAGUGGCGAUAAAAGUGGCAGCCCGAACAACAUUCACAGCUUGAAUGGGCAGAAUUCAUUUGGAGAAAUGUAUGAAGAUAAUAUUAAAUUAACCCCUUUUGAUGAUCAAACUAUUGUAUUAAUUUUAAUGGUAAAAAUAUUAACAGAAACUAAAAUUAGUGUAAUAAAAGAAAAAAUUAUUAACAUGUUAAUAAAACCUGUCUAUUCAAAAUCGCUAGAUGGAUUUGAAUAUAAAGAACAUAAAUUAAUACAAAAUGAAUUAAUUGAUAUUUUAGGAGAAUCUUAUAGAAAUUCAAAUAAUUAUUUUAAGAGAAGAACUUUUGGUUUUGGAUCAAAAAUAAAUAAAAGAGAUAUAGAAGAGUUGGAAAAAAUAACACCAAUUGGCUAUAAAUUAAUACAAAUAGCUUUUAAAAGUUAUAAUUCAAUUUCAUUAAAUAAUAAAAAAAAUAUAUAUUCUGGUAAUCAAAUGUUUUGCUUAUUUCAAAAUAGAUUACAUUAUUUUACUAAUUGGGAUGCUAAAAUAAUAUUUAUUAAAAAAAUCGAAUCACAAAAUGUUAUAGAAAAAAAAUAUAAUUCUUAUUCACAUCCAGAAGAAGAAUGUAACAAUUGGCUAGUCACAUCUUGUAUUAUUAUUAUUAUUUUUUUAAUUAUUUUAAUAUCUUUUAUAUUAUAUCGAUAUGUAUUAAAUGAUAGAUUUAAUUUGGUUAAAAUUAUGAAAAAUUGGAAAAUAAAUAAAAAAAAAAAAAAACUAAAAAAAUAUUCUUAUAUUAAUUAUAAUUCCUAUUACAAUUAUUCAAAAUUGGGUUUAAAUAAAAAAAUGAAAGAUAGUAGUAACAGUAUUGAUAGAGAAGAGUUAAGACAGUUAAUAAAAAAAAACAGAAAAAAAAAUGCCUCCUAUUAUAAACAUAAAGAUAGAGAAACACAUAAAACCAAAAAACAAUUAGAAAAAAAUGAAAAGAAUUCUAGUACUAAUUUUUUUCGUGAAGAAAUUCAAACAAGUUAUCAAGUUUAA